CAUAAACAACCCCUUUCUUUCCAAGCAGGCGAGCAGCGAGGCUGAGAGCGGCUUCGUGUAGAGCAGAGAAGAAUAGCUAUGGCGGCCAACUGUACGAGACGAACCCUUCAAAGCUUUUUAGCUUCUGCAAAAACCCUACUGAGCCGUACGGCAUCUACUCCAUCACCUUUCGCUUCGAAAGCUUCCAAGUUGAAUGGCCGGUUCUCUGUUCAGAAGCGCAUGUUCUCCAGGCUUCCUGUGGAGUUGACUGCUGUGCAGCAGUCUUUGAUGCCAUUGCACAGCGUUACUGCUUCUGCCUUGUUCGCUUCGUUGCUGUCUGUGCAAAAUAACAACUGGGGGUGUCUAUCUGAAGGAUUUGCAACAACACUAUAGCAUGGCCGGUGAGUUCCUAUUCUGGGUACCAGCCAGACAAAAAGUUAGCAUCAGAUUUUGUUUCGUUGCAUGUUUCUAAUGUGGUUGAACUUGAUAUUUAACUUAGAAAGAGAUGGGUUCCCUUUCUCUUUGUUUUUGAGGUUAUCAUAGUGUCCUUCACCACUCUCACUGCGAUAAGAGUUUUUGGAAAGAGAUGGGUCUCUCCUGAUGAGUAACUCCACAAUUUGCUAAAGUUCAUUUUUUUGGCAUAAUUGGUGAAUCAUUUUUUUAUGCUUGUAUCUCGGAUUCACCUCCUAUGGAAUGUAUGAAAAAUGAUUUUGUACCAUGA